AUGAGCCCUCUCCACCUGCGUAAGGAUAAACUAAACGAGAGACGUAAAAUAAAAUCUUUUUCCAUUGCAGAGGCAUCUAAUCUUACAUCACUGGUGGACGACUUGUUCCUGAGUUACCAUAACCAUGUGAGGCCUGUUUGUGCUUCAAAUUCACCUGUACAGGUUAAACUCGGAAUAGCUAUUCGCCAGAUCGUUGACCUUAACGAACCAAGACAGAUCAUUGAAAUCAACACAUGGAUACGCUUGCGUUGGAAUGACUGUCAUCUCAGAUGGAAUACAUCCAAGUACGGCAUUGAUCAUUUAGUCGUGCCAUACAAUACAGUUUGGGUACCCGAUGUUACGUUGUAUGACAAUGUGGAUAGUCAGCUUCUAGGACUGAAAGACUAUCGGCCAGCGAUCUACUCAGACGGUAGCAUGGUGUAUAACUUUCCUACAAUUAUAUCCAGCUUGUGCAAAGUUGAUGUCACUUAUUUUCCGUUUGACAAACAAGUUUGUCGACUCCAGUUUGGAUCAUGGGCCCAUCAUGGCUUAGAGCUAAACAUAUCAGGCUUAAGCAAUGAGGCUGAUCUGACCUCAUUUGUAGACAGUGUCGAAUGGGAAGUGACGUCAGUACCUAUGGUUCGAAAAGUACUGUACUAUAAUUGCUGUCCGGAGCCAUACCCCGAUGUGACGUUUUAUUUAAAAAUGAGACGGAAGCCUCUAUUCUACUUAAUGAAUUUAGUGUUCCCUUGUGUGUUAAUUUCUACUGUAGCCUGUCUAGGCUUCAUCCUGCCACCAGACAGCGGGGAAAAGGUCUCGUUAGAAAUUACCGUGUUGUUAUCCUUGGCUGUCUUCCUCAUGGUCGUUUCAGAAACCAUGCCUCCGUCUUCAGAAACAUUUCCAUACAUUGGAGCCUAUUUUACUUGUGCGAUGCUAUUGGUGUCCAUGUCUUGUUUGAUGACUGUUGUUGUGUUGAAUCUUCACUUUAAGGGAGCUCAUGGUAAAAAGGUUCCACCAUACCUGAGGCUCAUUUUCAGUAAAAUGGCAAAAAUUGUAUGUGUGAAGAUUAGAAGGAAUGAAUCUGAGAGUCCAAUAAAGAAGAAUUCCUUCAAAGAGCGAAAAGUGACGCACCAUGACAAUAAAGCAUAUGAGCAUACAAAUGGAAAUAAAACAGAUACCUCACGACAUGAAAAGAUUGGCAACUUUUUUCACAACGGGUUUCAUCAUUUGCACGAUUGCACCUUGACAGAAAUUACGAGUAAUCACGACUCUCGUGAUGUCGAGGAGGCUGGUGCUAACGAACACACUGUAGAUUUCUCGACAUCGUCUGAGAUAAUGAAUGUUGUCAAACAACAAUUAUCAAUUAUCAGGAAUAUUGAAAAUAUUCUCACCAAAAAGAGAAAAUUAGCAGAGUCGGUAGAAGAAUGGCAAAAUAUGGCUCAAAUAAUGGACAGGGUUUUCUUAUUGUUCUUCGUUUUGGUGUCAUUUAUUUCUACGCUGACGUUCCUAAUGAAUAGUUAUUUAAAUGAAAAUUAAA